AUUCUCAUGAUAGGUUUGUGAUACCAAGUAAAGGUAUCUUUCGUGGAUGUAGUAGAAAACGGUAAUAGACAAACAAAACCUCUCUCUACAACUAAAGAUACUUAAGAUGCACUCUUCUCCUUUUGCAUCCCAAUUUCUUCCAACCGUUUCCAUGUGGCCUGACGUUUUGCAUCAACUUCAGAUUCUUUUGAUUCAUUAUAUCUAAACUUAGUAAGACAUUCCUUAAAGAACUCUGGAUCAAUAUCAUUAAAUAUCGUCUGCACCAGCACGUCUAGCGUCAAGCUAGGUAAAGCAUUUCGGUUUGUGGAGAGGUACCAAAGCUCUAACGAGAAACACUCUGUGCUCGUCUUUAAGCGGCAGAGCGAAUCUAUUUGAUGAUCCCAAAAUCUCAAGAAACUCAGCGAUCCCGUUGUGUUUCUCAGUCUCGAAAACAAACCUGUAGAAAACGCUGUUUAUUGAUUUCCUGAUGAACGGACGGUGAGCCAUAAAUUUACCGUAGACAAGGGUUUUGAGACAGUCUCUUUCUCUAGGAUCCUCGGAGUCAAACAGAUCCAGUAACCGUGUAACGAAAGACUGGUCUAUGUACUUCUUAGCCAGCUUUGUGUCAGUCUCAGGUGAAGCGAUAUAUGAGUCUCAAGAGAAGCUCGUAGGAAAGGUGCUAAUGAGGCCAAGAAGAAUCCAUGAAAGGCUCUUCCUCUUCCAAGUCUAGACCAUCGACAAUCUCUAGAACGAGUGGUAAAGGCUACUUUGCAUCUGUUUUGUCUGCUCGGAUGUGGUACUCCAACCGCUUUCAAAUUCACUUUCUCCCAUAUAUCAUCCAGAAGCAACACAAAACUUUCGAGGUCAUUAUUUCUCUUUGCUGCAAUGUGUUGGAGUAGGCAAAAGGUAUAUAACUCCCAUGAGUGCAAAGACAUUGAGAGACUUGAUUCACCACUUGGUCACAUGGCAUGGAGAUCGAGAAUAAACCUCCCAUUGCAGCAAAGAGAGAGAGAAAGAGAGAGGAAUAAGAGAGAUUCAGAAGCUGAGCCCCCAGUGAGUGAUAAUUAUUAACAAGAAUGAGUAGAUAAGAACACACAGCCGUACGUAUAUAAAAGUUUUCAACCACACAUAGUUGGAAAAUAAUGCAAAGGUGUGACUGUAUUGCAUUGUGGAAAAAAAAAAUAGACUUUUCUAUGAUAGGUUUGUGAGACCAAGUCAAGGUCAUAUAUUUGGAAUUUAAAAUUUUCAAAAUCUUUGAAAAGUCUUUAAACAAUAACUUGUAAAGUUAGCUUACGGCGUUAUCCCUCAACCCAUGAUGCUCUCUAUAUAAACAAAUCACAUUUUCUUGAUUUCUAAUUCAUCACCUUAAAGAUGUAUGUUACAAGGCAUCUCUCGGAAGCAUCUCUCGGAAUGCCAGAGAUACUAUUCGAACUUGACACAAUCGGAAGGUCCAAACUCGGGCGUACUUGUGAUUCAAGAUGAAGAGUCAAAGCCGACUUGUUGCUGCGGAUCUUGCUACGAUGCUAAACUCAAAGGCUUACCGUUCCCACAGAACGCAGAGCUGAGUGUGAUUUACAGUAAAGGAAAUGGUCAAAGCAAGCACACUGUUUAUGACCCGGUUCUGUUCAUUCCGGUUCCUGGACAGCCUCUGUCUUUGAACCGUUAUUAUAUCAUUAAAAGACGUGGGAAGCACUCAGGAGGAGCGUCGGCAAGUGCAAAAGAAGAAGACAGAGUCCCCUGCUGCUUUUGCUUUAGCUACGUUCCUCAAGCUAAGCCACAAGAAGCUGAUCCUUAUGACAUAUACCAACAAUUCGAGAUCCAUCAACGCCCAGCAUCAUCUGGUCGUUACACAGCCACAUCUGUUGCUCCUAAUGGGAUACCACCUCCGUUCCUUAAGAGAAAGUACUGGACCGUUGGGUACUCGAACUCUCAAGACUUUGGUUUGACAGAUGAUGCAAAAGGAAUCAACGCUGAGCUUCGUUCUGAGCUUCCCAAAGAUGUGAAUACAAGCGUUGUUGUAGGAAAAUGGUAUGUCCCUUUCAUAUUCGUGAAAGAAGGAGACGCAAAAGAUCAGAUUAAAAACACAACUUAUUACAGUAUGAUUCUCAAACAAAGAUGGGAAGAGGUUUACUCAUCUAGUUACAACGAGGAAGCAAGUGAGGUUGUUGUUGAUGUUGAAGUAGAAACAGAAGUGGCGAAGCUUGGGGGAGAAGUAACCAAUCUGAGAAACAAAAGAGCUGAUGGAUUUGUUUGGUUUAGUGUCUUAAGAGAUGAGAGACAAGACAAGAAGAUAGGUCUUGGAUCAGUGGUCGUGGAGAGGAUUAAGCGGGAAGAGGAGAGGUUUGGUUGGUUAAAUAAAGGCGAUGAAGUAAGGUCUAGCAUUAAGAGAUCAGAGAGAUUCGAAGGCGGUUCAUCACAGUGGAAGAGUUAUAAAUGCUAUGUAUUGGUAGAGAGCUUUGAAUUAAAGAGAACUGAUGGGAGUUUGGUGUUAACAUAUGAGUUUACACAUGUUGAUAAGUUGAAGAGCAAGUGGGUUUAGGGUUUAUUCAGUUUCUUUUUGUCUCAUGUAUGCAACUUAUGGUGCGUUUCAUUUAAUGUAAUUAAGCUUCAUGCAUGUACCUAUGUAAAGCUCUAGUAUUUCAUGUAAACUCUGUAUUAUGAAUAAUCCAGAACUGGUUUGAAUGAUUAUCUUGCUUGGAUGUAGCAGAAACGGUAAUACAUAAACAAUUAACUUUUUCUCGGUCUCAGGUGAAGCAAUGAGCUUCUUGAAGCUCGUAGGAUCCAUGGAAUGCUCUUCCACUUCCAAGUUUAGAUCAUUGAUAACUUUGUUUUCGCGCGGUUGAGGAUUCAAUGUUCUGAAUACGUUAGCAGAAACCAUUCUAACGGCUUCUUGGAUAGCAUUUUCACUGAACUUGGUAUUCGCAGUGGCUACAUAAUCCACAACCUCAAGCAAUGUUUGCCGCUUGAUCUCCUUUUCCUUAA